AACAAUCUGCAUCUUAGUGCAUUUUUAGCCUGGUUUAACCUCGGAGUAAUAUUUGUAUUGGUUAUAUUUAUUUUCAUGCAGCUGCUGAUGUAAAACACGCAUAAAACUAAUUAGGUAGUAAAAAUAUAAUGAUAACAUAAAUUUAUUUUAUUAACCUUCUUUCAUCUCUUAGUUUGAUGUGUUUGGUGUUAGUCUAAUUUAAUUGUAAUACACUGCCAGCGCUAUAAUAAAUGUUAUUAAUUUGAUGUGUCAACCUAACUCUGUUAUCUCUACCGAACAUGCGCAGCAGAUUUAAACGCCCUCAUGUUGACGCUCGGUUGAGCCAAUCAGAACGAAGCUCCUCCGCUGGUCAGCCAAUCACAACAGGCGUCGCAGACUUCGGUGGUUUUGCAGCUGAAGGAUAAUUCCGACAGAAAUCAGACCGUCCUCCUCAUCAUGGCGUCUGGCGCUCUGUUCCCCAGCCUGGUGUCCGGCUCCCGCGGCUCCUCCAGCAAAUACCUGGUGGAGUUUCGGGCCGGUAAGAUGACGAUGAAGGGCAGCACGGUGACCCCCGACAAGCGUAAAGGUCAGGUCUACAUCCAGCAGACGGAUGACUCCCUCAUCCACUUCUGCUGGAAGGAUCGCACCACCGGAAAUGUGGAUGAUGACCUGAUUAUCUUCCCUGAUGAUUGUGAGUUUAAACGGGUCAACCAGUGCACCACCGGACGGGUUUACGUGCUGAAGUUUAAAGCCGGCUCUAAAAGACUCUUCUUCUGGAUGCAGGAACCGAAAAACGAUAAGGAUGAUGAGUACUGCCGCAAAGUGAACGAGUACCUGAACAACCCGCCCAUCCCAGGCGCUCUGGGCAGCAGCGGCAGCGGAGGACACGACCUGUCUGCACUGGGAGGUGAGGGUGGUCUGCAGAGCCUUCUGGGCAACAUGAGUCACAACCAGCUCAUGCAGCUCAUUGGACCAACUGGACUGGGGGGGAUCGGCGGUCUGGGGGCUCUGGCCGGGCCGGGCUUGGCCAACCUCCUGGGCAGCAGUAGCAGCAGCAGCAGCAGCGUUCCUGCAGUCAGCAACUCCACCACCAGUCCGUCCACCGCCGUCACGCCGACCUCCACCUCCACCCCCAGCCGGCUGGGCUCCACCCAGGUGCCCACCACUCCCAUCACCCCCCUGGCCACUUCUUCACCCUCCCCCACAGCCUCCACCCUCUCCAUCCCUGCUGCCACUGCUGCUGCAGCCGCAGCCAAUCCCACGCAGCCCAUCCAGCUCAGAGACCUGCAGAGCAUCCUGGCCACCAUGAAUGUCCCGGCCAGCAGCCAGGGAGUGGACCUGGCCAGUGUGUUGACCCCUGAGGUCAUGGCUCCCAUCCUGGCCAACCCGGAGGUGCAGCAGAGACUGACGCCCUACCUGCCGUCCGGCGAGUCGCUGCCGCAGAGCUCAGAGGAGCUGCACAACACGCUCAGCUCGCCUCAGUUCCAGCAGGCUAUGAGCAUGUUCAGCAGCGCUCUGGCGUCCGGCCAGUUGGGGCCUCUGAUGAACCAGUUUGGUCUCCCAGCUGAGGCUGUAGAUGCUGCCAAUAAAGGAGAUGUGGAGGCUUUUGCCAAAGCAAUGGAGACGGAGACAGAGACGAAGUCAGACCAGGAGAGCGACUCCAAAGACAAGAAGGACGACGACGAAGACAUGAGUUUGGACUAAAUUCUCUUUAAGGAAGGCUAACACUAUUAUUUAUACCUAUUUAUCUACCUGUUGCUGCUUAGUUUCUGUUACUUAAAGACUUGAUGUGGUAACUGUUGCUCCAGCCUCAGCUGAUCUCAUCUGUAGACAUGACUCCAUGUCUGUCUCACCAUGUUAACUUGUCCUUAUUCCAGGAGGCAGUAAAAUCUAAAUUAAAACUUUGUUGAUGCUUUAAUGACUGCUUGUUUUGCAACAGAUUGGGUAAAGCCUGUCUUAAAUUGGAUUAAAAAUCCAUGAAUCAUCUGUUUACCUGAGAUUAGGUGGUGGAGGCAGCGGCCCCAGGAGGGAAAACCAGACAUUUGAUAUAUAACGUUUUAAAAAUUGGGCCUCUGCCUUUUUAAAGGGGAAGUAUGUGUUGUUCAGGCACAUGGUGACAUUUUAUAGCACAAUCAAGUAACGUUAUUACCUUCAGUUGUUAUAAAAAUGCUACAUAUGUCAAAUAUGACAAAAGAAAUUUGACUUUGUAAUUUAACUCCUUGAAAUUGGGCCUCUGCCUCUUUAAAAACUCCUGUUUCUGAAGGAAGUCAUUAUGACAUGGCUCCUUUGUGAACUCUUUAAUAAAGGAGCCAUGCGUUUUUUACCACCGUUUCAGAAGUAGCUCCUAUAAUGAGCUCAGCUGAUGCGCAGCUCCACCAGGUGUUUGCUAAUUGCUUCUGGCUAGUUUGAAGGAGUUUGGGGAAAAUUUGGAAGCUGCAGCUCAGAAUGAAGAGCUGAAUGGUUACCAUGGAGAUUUUGGGGUGGAAAAAGAUUGGAAAAACACAGUUUUCCAAUUAAGCUUUUUUUUGGAUUAGACCAGAGUAACUUUCUGUUCAUAAUCCUGAAAUAAUAAAAUAAACACUUAAUAUGCUAGAUUUAAACACGUCCUGCAGAUUUGGAUGUUUAGUUCAAACUCUCUUUACUACAUUUGACUGAAUCACGUCUAAAUGAGGUCAUCAUUAUCUGGAGACGCAGUGUUUGAAAAAAUUGUGUCUGUGGGAAAAAAAAAAAAACUGGGAAAAAAUAAAAAGACUAAAAUCAUCAUGUUUGGACAGUUUUACUGAUACUGUGGUUUUUCAGGCACUUUUUCACCAUAUUCACACAAAUGCUAAAAUCUUAGGAGAUACAAUGUUAAAAUCCACCCAUGUGCACUGAAAAAAACUACAAUCAGCUGUUUUCCAUUAACCUCCAAUGGAAAAACUUCUUUGGGUUGGAUUUUAGGAGCUACUGAAAUUAAUUUAAAUUCCUGAGAACUGAAAGACAAACGAAACAAAUCCCUGCAGAAUUACAUCAAACAGUAAAUACUAUACAUACGUUUUUUUAAAUGUGACACCACUGUGGUAUUACAGCACGUGAGGACGACCAACACCAGUCAGAGCUGCCACAAUAACAUCCUGUUUUCAAUACAAAUAUGAAUCGCUGUGAGACAAGAUGAUUAAAUUAAAUUAAAGGUCACUUCUCAGCCUUCUGAGUUUUGUUCUCACAGCUAAAAAUGCUUCACAGUGUCAGAAACCCAAUUAAAAAAUCUAUCGUUUGAAGUUUAAAUACAACAGCCUGUAGAAUAAAAAUCCACAAAGCUACAUUUCUCUCUUUUUGCCUCUUAAAAACACACAAAUCACAGCCACUACUACCUGUAAAUACAAGUUAAGAACAUUAUGGUGUUUUAAAAAAGAUGCAUCACGAGAAACCAAAAGUAAAAGCACAUUUAACGUGCCGAA